GCGAGCCAGCAGUUGCCAGAUCCUCUUCCCAUUCUCAACACAGAUAGCUGGAACAUUAGCUUGCAGUGCAGUCAAUCUAUUUAUAUGCAUGUAUAAAAAGUUACAUUUGUUGUAACUUCAAACCCUGCGUGCCUUUUAUUAGUAAGAUCUGAACUUAUAGAACUUGAUCUGUGCAGUUUUCACGACCAGGAAGGAGGGAUUUCCCUUUGGAAAUUUAGCUAACCUUAGCUAGGCAAUUAGCAGCAGAGUGACUGGCGUCUCUUCUUAACCCGGACGAAUGAUGCAGAUAUUUGACUUUUGGGAAUGAGGUCAAAUGUUGUAAGGUGGUUUUACAGAUCCUCCUGCCAGCUGUUCAACAGGUUCGACCAAGACCAGGCAGAGAGGAACAAUCUGGGAAAAGAAAUUUGCCACAUAUGUUGAAGUUCUGUCUCUGAAACCACAAAGCCUAAGCCAGGAAAUCGACCCGACAUCGCCACAAUGUUGGAAGAAGACAUGGAAGUGGCCAUCAAAGUGGUGGUGGUCGGCAACGGAGCCGUUGGCAAGUCCAGCAUGAUCCAGCGUUACUGCAAGGGCAUUUUCACCAAGGACUACAAGAAGACCAUUGGAGUGGACUUCCUGGAGAGGCAGAUUGCCGUAAACGGAGAAGAUGUCCGACUGUUGCUGUGGGACACAGCUGGACAGGAGGAGUUCGACGCCAUCACUAAGGCAUACUAUCGAGGUGCCCAAGCAUGUGUGCUGGUCUUUUCAACAACUGACAGGGAAUCGUUUCAGUCCAUCCAGACCUGGAAGGAGAAAGUGGAAGCAGAGGUCGGAGAUGUUCCCACAGUUCUGGUCCAAAACAAAAUCGACCUCCUGGAAGAGACUGUGAUAAAAAACGAGGAAGCAGAGGCUUUGGCUAAAAGACUUAAGCUGAGGUUUUACCGUACUUCAGUGAAAGAGGACUUAAACGUGACUGAGGUUUUUAGAUACUUAGCUGACAAGUAUCUUCAGAGACUGAAACAGCAAACCGCAGAGGAGACGGAGGUGAUCCACACUACCAGCAAUAAAAUAGGUGUUUUUAACACAUCCAGUAGUAACGUCUGCAAUCAGAACUCCAGCAACGGCAGAGAGGUCAUCUCUUUGCGGCCCAAUAAGCAAAGGACCAAGAAGGGUAAAAAUCCCUUUGGAAGCUGCAGCCUUCUUUAGAGAAAUCCAUGAAUGACUGACCUUUUUUUUUUUGGGGGGGGGAUUUUAACUUGAUCAGCCAUUGCUAUGAUGAUGGUGGUACCAAAGUCCACACAAACUGGAACAAAUGUAUGUAACUGCUUUUCUGCAAGGCCCAGUAAUCUGUGUUCUAAAUUGCUCUCCCUCACUGAAGUUUUCAUCAAUGAAACCUUUGUGGCUGCAUCCGCAGUUAGUUUUUAAAGACCCACUCCGAUCAUCAUCAUCAUUAUUAAAAAGCAUUCCCAGUGGAUUUUAGUUAGGAUUUUGCCGUUUUUAUCCCAAAUCAAAAAACCUUUGUCGGUUUCUAGGACAUCGGCAGGAGUUCAUUAGAAAUUUGCUUCUGAGUUGUGGGUGGGACUGCUAGAGUGGAACAACCCCGCCUCCCCUUCCCUUCGCUGUUGCUGAGAUCUUGGAGCAGGGAGCUUUUGGCCCCCCCAGCGUGUUUUCUUCGUCACAAACAUGAUCUUUUUCAAACAGUAUUUUUUCGUCUGCUCCUGAUUCAUAAGGAUUUGAAUGAAGAAAUAAUUCAUUUUCUUUGUAUAUGUCCUCCAUCAUCUGACAAAUGCCACAAGAACAUGUUAAAAACACCUAAAUACACAGUUUAAUUUGAAGUGGGUCUUUAAAAAUAAAGAAACGCAGCCACAAACAUUUCUGCUUCCAUAAACGGACUGAAAUCUGUUUAAAAAGAAAAAAAAGUAAGAUUUGCACUCGUGGAAGUAUUAGCUCCCAUCUGUAGUUUUUGACCGUCACUCAUUGCUGUGUUUGUGCAAUAUGUUUGCAUGGAUUGUUAAGAGUUGCAGACCGUUUUGUACCAUAUUUUUGUAUUGCCUAUUAGAAUAUGGUCCAACCCUAAAGAGUUUGAGACAAAUCUGUCCCUAUGAGUAUUUUUGUAUGGAGCCCAACAGCAUUGAUGGAGAAUUGGUGCCAAAUGUCGUUUUCCUUGGCUGUGAUUGUGCAUAAAGACUGCGGUGAAUUGGAUGUAAUGAAAUGUACAGAAUGUGUUACCAAGUAUCAUUACUUGCCUAAACAAAAACAGUUUGACUCAUUUUCUCUUUUUACUUUGUGAGAUAUCUUCAUUUAAACAAUGCUCCCAUCAUAAAUCCACAUUUAUCGCAGUUGUUUACAUGUAUUUCCUUGUAAUUUCUUCCAUUGAACUAUUGGUAACAGUGUAAACUCAUGGGUGUGUUUCUGAGUGAUGUUUUUUUUUAAAUGAAAGGUGUCACUAUUACCUUUUGAUGGUAAAGAAAGGGUAAAAACAGAAAUCUGAAAGUGCAAACGUCAGUGCUUGUGGCAUAAAAAUCAAAGCAGAAUGUAAACGAAAGGUAUUAAAAAAAAGAGACCAUCAGGACUGAAUAUUACUAGAGUGGAUGUUGGAAGAAAAAGAUUGAUCAAAUGUAGUCAUAGUCUCAGCUGCAAACUGUAGCUGUUAUGCCUUUUUUUGCCUCAAAUGUCCUUUUUUUCUUCCAACUGGAGUAAUUCACAUCUAACUAACCAAACACAACGACAUAUGUGAUUAUGUGGGACACUAACGAUUUCUUCAUUCAUGAUGAUAACUGUUUAAAUAGUUAAGAAACAUGAAUGUCAUAGUUCAUAUGCAGAUAAGCCGUUUCUUUUCUUUUUUUCUUUUUUUGAAGGAAGGAAAAGGUGCUUAGAACCUGUUCCACAGUUAUUGGAACUGUUUCCCAUUAAAUCCGGUUCUGUGUUGGCGGUAUUUUUUCUGAGGUAAAUACAACCAAGAUACUCCUGCACUGCAUGCAAGCCUUCUUUUCUCUUCAGAGAAUGUUUCACCAUUGCCUUGUUUUCUUCAUUCGUUCACAUUUUAUGCCUCAAACACCCAGAAAGUCCAUCUGUAUUUAAAUCUCAGUGUUUACUUUAACAUUUUUGACUGAAUGGAUUUAUCGCACUUUAUCAAUAUUAUUACAUUUUAACCUAAAAAAAAAAAAAAAACCUGCAAAUGAAUUUAGCCAUUCCUAUGUGCUUCUACUCAGGUGUUUUAAUCUUUUUUGUGCUUUUUUUUCUUUUUAAUUGUAUACUUAACGGCUUAGAUGAAUUCCACGCGUUUCAAACUGACACAGACAGCGGCAUGUUUUCACUUUAAUAAUAUACUCGACACAUCUUGAAUUUUCUUUUCCGAAUUCUGCAUCAGCCUGAGGUCUGUCACACAAAGUGGGCGCCUGCUGGUGGGAUGUGAGAGACUAUUUGAUGGCAAUCAGACAAAUAAAAAACUCUUGAAUUCUU